GCCUGCGUUACCUGUCCCUCGGUCCAGGGGUGUCCUCACCGCAGCUGGUUUCACCGGCCGUCUUCUUUCCCUGGCGCCGACAUCUUCAAUGUGGGCACCCGGCUGUGACAGCUUGCGGCUACACAGCCAGGUGCCCACUGAGCAUGUGCGAGAAGCGCUGCGCUUUGUGAAUGGCCCCGUAGUCUUCUGGGACCUGUCACGUGUCCCAGAAGACUACCGGGGGGGGGGUGGACAACGUCCGUUUCCGAUCGCAGUGGAAGUGGGAGCGGAAUUGGGAGCGGGUACCUGUCAAAUUCGGGUACCCGCUCCCCAAAGGUGCCAAUCCUUAAUGGGGAUCCGCCCCUGAGGGGAACAUCCCCUUUUAGGUGGAGCUCCGCUUUAAG